UUUGGCAACACUACAUUGACAUAUUCUGUGUAAUAUUUGGUUGUUAAAUUUAUGAAUUGAACGAAAUUUUUCAUUGCGCCUGCCUGGACCUAAACUCUCCCGGAAUUGAGCCUCCAGCUCCCUCCAUCAAAACCAUCAUGUUUUUGUUGUGUUUGCAAUCGGCUUGUCCAUCCCUUACAUCCCAUCCGCAGGCGUUGUUCAACACUUGCAGCAUUGCAACCGCAUCAAUAAAGGGAGGCUCUCUUCUUAAUCCAAAAUCCCAGAGAUCAAGCUGUGAGAGUGGAUGUGGUGGACCCAGGCUAGGUCGACGCAGCAAUAACAGUGGCAGUAGGCGAAUCAGAGGAUCUGCGGGAGUCUUCCGAUUACUAUUCGAUCACUCGAUCAACAUAAGUGGACACCGGCGUGUAGAAAAAAAGCGUACUGUGACACGUUUCCCACUGGGCAGCGUGAGUUACAUAUUCGCAUAUGGGUCAGGGGUCAAACAGCAACUUGGUUAUAAAAAUGUGCAGCAACCGGCGGCGAAACCUUCGAGUAGUAAGAGUAGCAGCAGCAACGUCAUUGACCUAGUUUUUUGCGUGCGUGAUGCACUGGGCUUCCAUGCUGAAAAUAUGCAUCGCCAUCCAAGUCAUUACUCGGCUCUGAGGCAUCUCGGUCCAAGAUUUGCGGCUCAAUACCAGGAGCGUAUGGGAGCUGGAGUCUAUUUCAACACAUUGGUGCCGUUGGAGGAUCUUGGCCUGACCAUCAAAUAUGGUGUGGUAUCUGAGGAACAUCUUAUUGAGGAUCUGCUGCAUUGGCGACAUUUGUAUCUGGCCGGGCGCCUGCAGAAACCGGUUACAGAUCUGGUCAAUCCCGCAGACAAUCCACGGCUGAAGUCAGCUCUGGACCGAAAUCUGCUAUCGGCCUUUCAUUCCGCCUUGUUGUUGCUACCAGAAAAAUUUACUGCUUUUGAACUUUUCCACACCAUAGCUUCGCUCAGCUAUAAAGGGGAUUUUCGGAUGAUCUUUGGUGAAAACAAGCAAAAGGUUCACAAUAUUGUCACUCCUCAGAUAAACGAGUUCUUUUCCCUCUACCAGCCAGUUAUGAGUAAGCUGGAUAAAUAUGUGGCUGUUGACAUGCAUGGGCAGGAACCAGGCUCCCGUCGUCCGGCCAUUCUCUUCGAACAGGAUAAAUCUGCAAUGGCCACGAGUUACCAUUUGCGUAGCCUGCCUCGUGAACUCAGACGUCGUCUGCAACGUAAUGCCGCCUGUCGCGGUGACUACGCGGAUGUGGUGGAGCAUCUUUCGAUGGCUCCACUGUUGCCCAAAGUUCUACAGGUCUCAGUGAACGACAUUGUGUGGCGCAGUAGUGUCACUCAGUCACUGAAGAACAUUGCCACAGCGGGCGUUUUUAAGUCCAUCGUCUACAGCUAUCGCAAGGCCAUGAAAACCUUUGCCAAUUAGAUGCUCUUUCUGCGAAAGGAGACUGCCAUUUAUUAACUAAUUGUAAGCGGCUCAUUCAUCGUUAAGUUUUUGUCUAGAAUAUUUUACACCCCAAAGUUUUUACAGUCAAUAGAAAAAUCGUAGUUGAUGCCAAAAACAA